AGCCUAUGCUCACAAGGCAAGGAAUGGCGAAGGCCAAGAAUUGGGAGGCAUUGGAGGGGAGCAGACGUGAAGAGGAGGCGGAGGACGGAGAUGGUGGCAGCCAUGGCAGUUUGCUGCUAGAGAAUGGCGUCGUCAAGAUUGAGAAGACUAGUGAGGAUGAAGGCAAUAUCAGGGAGAAGAAAUGGAAUUCUUCCUCUUCCGCUGUCUUCUCUAGUCACUCGCAUCAGAUCGACCGGGAGUCGAUAGAUGCUUAUGUAAUCACUGCAUCUCCCACCUUCGGAUUUCUUCGUCACAGUCAUCCCAGUCUCUGCUGCUCAACUACCCAUGGAGUCGAUGAUAAGGAUUUGGGAGCCAAAUUGCCGCUGCUAUCAGCUGGAAGCUUUGCUCAGGACUCCGCUGAAAAGCUAUCAAGUAGAUCAUCCAAAGAGUCAGAUGACCAAAACUUGCAGUCCUCUCGAGAAGGGCAAGGUGCUCCAGGAUGUAGCUUGACCCAGACCAUUUUCAAUGGUGUUAACCUGAUGGUGGGAGUUGGACUUCUAACUAUAUCAUUCACCAUAAAAGAAGCUGGAUGGGCAAGCUUGCUUGUCUUAACGUGCUUUGCAGCCAUGUGUUGCUACACGGGCAUCCUCAUGGGACGCUGUAUGGGAAGCAGGGAAGGCAUUACAAGCUAUCCAGAUAUAGGAGAAGCUGCUUAUGGAAAAUGUGGGCGUGUUUUUGUACUUGUGGUUUUCUAUCUGGAGUUGUAUUGCAUCUGUGUGGAAUUUAUCAUCCUGGAAGGUGAUAAUCUAACAAAGUUAUAUCCGGGCAUUUCAAUUGAUUUGGCUGGGAUUCAUAUCGGCUCUGUGCACCUUUUUGGAAUCUUAACUGGCCUAGUCGUCAUUCCCACAGUUUGGUUAAAAGAUCUUCGAGUAAUGUCUUACCUUUCAGCUGGUGGUGUUCUUGCGACAAUUUUAAUAUCUCUUUCAGUGUUUGUUGUGGGUACAACCUGUGGCAUAGGAUUCCACCAAACUAGCAACUUUAUUAAUUGGAGUGGCCUUCUGUUUGCGAUCGGGGUGUAUGGGUUUUGCUACUCUGGACACUCUCUAUUUCCUAGUAUAUAUCAAUCAAUGGCAGACAAAACAAAAUUCAACAUGGCACUACUUAUCUGCUUCUUUUUAUGCACUGCGAUAUAUGGUUUAGUUGGAGCGAUGGGAUAUCUCAUGUUUGGUCAGGAAACACUAUCUCAGAUAACCUUGAACUUGCCAACGGAUGCCCUUGCUUCAAAAGUUGCAAUCUGGACAACCGUGAUCAAUCCCCUUACCAAAUAUGCGUUGGUUCUUAAUCCCUUGGCAAAGGGCUUUGAGAACUUGCUUCCAGAAGGGAGACGAAAUGAGUUGCUCAUUUGCAUGCUGAUAAGGACAGGACUAGUUAUUUCAACUGUUUGUAUUGCACUGCUUUUACCUUUUUUCGGUCUAUUCAUGGCAUUGUUUGGCUCUCUGCUAUGCUCGCUUAUGGCUGUCAUCUUUCCUCCUCUCUGUUUCUUGAAGAUUUUAAAGAAAAAGACAACCUUUGAGGUCUCCCUUUGUAUCGCAAUCAUCGGAAUAGGCAUAGUCAGCGCAGCUCUUGGCACGUACUCCUCUCUGUCUGAGAUCGUGCAGAGCUUCUACACUUGAUCUCAACAGUCUAUAUCCAAGUCAACUUCUGUUUCUGUUUUAUCUCAAUUGCAGAACUUUUAUGAAGGAUGGGCACAUCUAAACGAAUUGCUUAUGUACGCAUAAUUUGCAUGACUCGAAUUUCGUUUCUGCAAACGGUUUGAUCAUAAGAAAAAGCUAAAUGUCUGGUUCACAUAUAGUUGUCUGCUUUAGCAUACA